UAUUUAACGUAUAUUCUUACUUCAUUCCCGCGAGAUCACCUUCGACAAACUCAAGCGCCGCAUACGACGAUACUCUCGACGAGCCACGAUCUUCCCCACCCAACUCCACCGAUAAACUCUCGACGCUGCACGACGCAACAUUUUCGACAAGAACCUCAAGAUGUCACUAAGAGCGGCCUAUGAUGCAUUUGAGCAAUCCCUUACCGGUGUUGGCGUAGACGAAAGUGGAAUACUAAAGACGAUAACGGAUGAAUCAAAAAUGGUGGACAUGUAUGCGAAUUUUGAUGCUGACGAGUACAGAUUGAUGAGUUCAAAUUUCAAAAAUGACCAAUCACACGGAUACAUUUGGAAGGAAAAAAAAAGACAAUCAAUGAAACUUGAAUUCCAACGAGUUAUGAAUGUCUUGAUGCUGUGGAUGACAAGUCCCUUAGAACGGGAUGCACGCCUUCUAAGGAGUGCAAUUAAAAUGGGGAACGAUGCAGGCCUUUCCGUCCUGAUUGAAAUAGCAUGCACAAGGUCCUUUACUGACAUUCUGGCAAUAAGGCAUCUGUAUGAGCAAUUUUAUAAAAGUGACUUUAUAUUCGACAUGAGCGAAAAUGUACCUGGGAAAGCAGUAAUGGUAUGUUCUUCAUUCUAA